AUGGCUGGUAUGCUUUUUAAACUCGUCUCGGUCUUCUUUCUAUUCAAUUUCGGAUAUGCUGGAUUCAUGUCUAUAUGUACAAUGAACGAAAAAAUGUACUCUUUUUGGCUGGUUUUGGAUUGUACUCAUGAUUUCCACUUAAACGACAUUGUUCUUCUCGAAGAAGAUGUCAUCAGUAGUGAUGAUUUUGUUGCCUCCUUCACUCCUGAACAACCAAUAUUGGUCAAAAAAUUCAUGCUCCUGCAUUUUAAUGCUGUUUUGACUGAUGAUUCAUAUGGAAAUGACUACUUCUCGUUCAAAUUCAAUUUGAAUUCCACCUGCAAUUCUAGAUCAGUUUUCGAAAUUUCGUAUUCUGAAAGUCAAGGCGCGAACUGUACUCAUACAGUCUAUGGGCCUCAUCCAGUUAUAAUCAUGGCUCAUAUAGAUAGAGAGACCACGGCAAUAGACUUUGAAGAAGCUUACUAG